GAUAAACUCAUCAUUAAAAUGGCUUGAAGAUGCUAUUGAAAAAAAGCUUGUUAAUUUCUUUAAAUAUAGUGGAUUUAAUGUCUGUAGAAAAAUUAGUGAUAGUAGAACUAGUUCUGUGUUCGAAUCAGAAUGGGUGAAUUUUGGACUGACAGUCGCCCUUAAAAGCCUAAAAGUUGAAAAUGAUGGAAAUGACAUAUGUUCGUUUGUAAAGGAGCUUAAACUAUUACAAAGAGUAAGCUAUCAUCCUAAAAUAAUUCAUUUUUUUGGUGUAACUCAAG